GCUUCCAUUGGUGUUCCAGUGGAGGUUAUUUUAAGGGGCUCAUGCUGUCAGCUGUUGUCUUAAGUCCUUUUGGAGCCUCCUCACCUCUCUUUUUCACUCUGAUAAAACUGUGGACUGGCUGGUUCAUUGUCCUCCUUUUCUAUUUGAACCCGAACAGACACGUGUAAGCAUAUGAUGGAGGGCAUUGACCAGACCUCUGAGAACACCAAUGAACAAGUCAAUGACCCUGAGGAGCAGCCAGUGGACCCCAUGGAGGACUUCAGCCGGCAGCUAGAGGAUAUAAUCAACACGUAUGGAGUGGCAUCGAGCCUGAUGCAGGAGCAGAUCUCCAUCCUGGAGUCUGAGGAGAAAAAGGAAGAGGAGGCAAAGGCUGACGAAGAAGCUGACCCACAAGAAGCUGGUGCCAGUCCAGAGAAGGAGCAAAAGGCUGAUAAGAAACUCCUCAAGGGCCUGGGUAAAGAAGCCGCAUCCUUAUUGCAAAGCCUGAACAAGCUCGGCUCUCCAGAAGAGAAAGUGGAAAUGGUGUUGAAGAAAUACACUGAGCUGGUGGAGGAACACAGGACUGAGAAGAAACAGCUGGAGCAGCUUCAGCAGAGACAGGGUCUUCUGGUCAAGCAGAGAGAUCAGCUUCAGUUCGAGCACAGUCGUGCCAUUCUGGCCCGCAGCAAGCUGGAGAUGCUCUGCAGAGAGCUUCAGAGACAUAACAGGACACUGAAGGAGGAGAGUCUGCAAAGGCUGCGGGAGGAUGAAAUGAAGCGGAAGGAGAUCACCGAUCAUUUCCAGAGCACGCUGGUGGACAUUCAGAAUCAGAUCGAGCAGCACAGUAACCGCAACAACAAGCUGUGCCAAGAGAACAGUGAGCUGGCCAGCAAACUCAAGACCAUCAUAGAGCAGUAUGAGCGGAGAGAACAGACUUUAGAGAAGAUCUUCAAACACAGAGAUCUACAGCAGAAACUGUCUGAUGCCAAGCUGGAAGAAGCCAACAUGCUCCUCAGUCAAGCUGAAGAGAAGCACAAAAGGGAGAAGGAAUAUUUACUCACUCAGGCUGCAGAGUGGAAACUACAGGCUAAAGAGCUGAAAGAGCAGCACACUGUCAUGCAGGCCCAGCUGGCGUUGUACUCCCAGAAGUUUGAUGAGUUCCAGAACACACUAGCAAAAAGCAACGAAAUUUACAUCACUUUCAAACAGGAGAUGGACAAGAUGACAAAGAAGAUGAAAAAGCUGGAAAAGGAGUCGGACAUAUGGAAGACACGGUUUGAAAGCUGCAAUAAAGCUCUUGUUGAAAUGAUUGAUGAGAGAUCAGAAAAGGCCAAAGAGUUUGAACUCUUCACUUUGAAAAUCGACCGUCUGGAGACUCUGUGCCGAGCACUGCAGGAUGAAAGAAAAAGUUUAUAUAGCAAGAUUAAAGAAAUACGGUCCUCAGAAAAGGUUCUAGCAGCUGCAGUGGAUUUGCCACAAGUAGAUGAGCUUCCAGAGCUUGUCCAACUUCCCAAGUUAGCUCCCAACCCCAUGUUGACCACAGAGAUGAAGAGGCUGCGAGAAGAGCAGAUUCGUCUGCAGGAGUUUGCAGCUUCCUUGGUAAGUUCCAUAACAGAUGAUGCUGGAGAAUCUGAUAGUGGGGAAGAGGAGACGGCACAAAAGAUUCCGGCAAUUCCUGAGGCUACCAAACAUGAGUCUACUGAACAAGAAUCAAUACAAGAUGAAUCCUGUACCACAGAAGAAAACAAAGCAGAGGUUGUUAGUGUAAACGAAGAGAAGUCAUUAGUACCCUCAAAUCCUGAACCCACCAAACCUGAGACAGAAUCCAAACUUUCUCAAGAGCCUCUACAACCAGAGAUCACUGAACAACAGACAGGAAUACAAGAUUCAGUCAAAGAGGAACCCAGCCAGGAAGAGGCGUCAAAAUCAGAAAAGACGGUUGAACAGAAAUCCCCUCAGCCAAAGCCUUUCAUGAAAGAAGAGUGUAAACUUGAAAGUGUUAUAUCUGAGCUACCUGAACCAGAGCUGCGCAAACAAGAGCCCCUCAAACAGGAACAGCCAAAACCUGUCACGAAAGAUGAGUGCAAAGAUGAAGCUGUUAAACCUGAUCUACUUGAACCAGAGUCACCCAAACAAGAGCCCCUCAAACAGGAGCAGCAAAAACCUUUCACGAAAGAAGAGUGCAAAGAUGAAGCUGUUAAACCUGAGCUACCUGAACCAGAACCAGAGCCAGAGCUGCCCAAACCAGAGCCCCUCAAACAGGAGCACCCAAAACCUGUCACGAAAGAUGAGUACAAACUUGAAGAUGUUAAACCUGAGCUACCUGAACCAGAGUCCCCCAAACAAGAGCCCUUAAAACAGGAGCAGCAAAAACCUGCCAUGAAAGAAGAGUGCAAAGAUGAAGCUGUUAAACCUGAGCUACCUGAACCAGAGUCGCCCAAACAAGAGCCCUUAAAACAGGGGCAGCAAAAACCUGCCAUGAAAGAAGAGUGCAAAGAUGAAGCUGUUAAACCUGAGCUACCUGAACCAGAGUCGCCCAAACAAGAGCCCUUCAAAGAGGAGAAGCCAAAGCCUUUCACGAAAGAAGAGUCCAAAGAUGAAGCUGUUAAACCUGAGCUACCUGAACCAGAACCAGAGCCACCCAAACAAGAGCCCCUCAAGCAGGAGCAGCCAAAACCUGUCAUGAAAGAAGAGUGCAAACUAGAAGAUGUUAAACCUGAGCUACCUGAACCAGAGCUGCCUAAACAAGAGCCCUUCAAAGAGGAGCAUGUUGAGAACGCCGCAGCUACAUCUGAUGAACCCAAAGCACAGGCAACAAAACCUAAAGCCUCAAAAUCCCAAGAGGCAAAAGCGAAGGCCGGCAAAGCCCAGCCUAAAAAACAAAGUUCAACCAAGAAGAAAGGCUCUGCAAAGGGUCCGAAUAAAAGCUAAGCAGAAAUGUAUUACCAAAGUAGUUUUUAUUAAUCAUCUCUAGAUUAGUUUGUUUGUGUAGAUAGACAAGUCUGGCUGUAGACAGGUUUAAUUCACACUGCACUGACAGUUACCAAUAAAGACAACAGACACGUUUGAAAGGUUUUGUCUGAUCAGUGUGUUACGCCUGUCAGCAUCUGUUGGUGUUGGUCUGUGCUUGUUUUUGGCAACAGAAUGUUGAAUCUGCAUUUAUCGAGUCUUGGAAAGUGUCAGAAGGGACGUAGGCCUACUGUACCGGUCUGCAUUGGUCUGUGUCUGUCUGUGCAGUUUGAAUUGGCCUUAUAAGUUAAUACAGAUGAUGACAGACUGGUCAUAGGACACGUUCCUUUAUGAAAGUUUACUAUAAAGAUGAAUAUUUAGAGAUGGGUGUGAUACUUUUUUCCGCUUGUAAUACUUUCUUAGAACCUUCAAAUAAACGUCUGUUCUUGACAAUCUUA